GCUGCGCGGUGGCACACGUGUGGCGGCCGCGAUGAAGUUCGCGUACCGGUUUUCAAAUUUGCUGGGGACAGUCUAUCGGUGUGGAAAUUUGAAUUUUACGUGCGAUGGAAAUUCAGUGAUCAGUCCUGUGGGAAAUAGGGUCACUGUAUUUGACCUUAAAAACAACAAAUCCAACACUCUGCCCUUGGCUACUCGGUACAAUGUCAGGUGUGUAGGGCUGUCCCCAGACGGCCGCCUGGCCAUCAUCGUUGAUGAAGGGGGGGACGCGCUGCUGGUCAGCCUGGUGUGCAGGUCCGUGCUUCACCACUUCCACUUCAAGGGCUCAGUGCACAGUGUCUCCUUCUCUCCUGAUGGCAGGAAGUUCGUCGUCACAAAAGGCAACAUCGCUCAGAUGUACCAUGCUCCCGGGAGGAAGCGGGAAUUCAACGCGUUCGUCCUGGACAAAACCUACUUUGGGCCGUACGAUGAGACCACGUGCAUCGACUGGACAGACGACUCCAGGUGCUUUGCGGUCGGGAGCAAAGACAUGUCCACGUGGGUGUUUGGAGCUGAGCGCUGGGACAACCUCAUCUACUACGCGCUCGGGGGACACAAGGAUGUGAUCGUGGCCUGCUUCUUCGAAUCCGGCAGCCUAGAUCUGUACACGCUCAGCCAGGACGGCGCCCUGUGCGUGUGGCGGUGUGACACCCCCCCCGAGGGCCUGCGGCUGAAAGCCCCCGCGGGCUGGAAGGCGGAGCUGCUGCAGGGGGCACGGGACGAGGACGAAGACGAGGCGGAGGAGGAGACCGCCAUCCGGGGGAAGGCCACGCCGGCUGCCGCGGAGCAGCAGGGAAAAGUGAAAUACUCUCGGCUGGCCAAGUACUUUUUCAAUAAAGAGGGAGACUUUAACAAUCUGACAGCCGCGGCGUUUCACAAGAAGACCCACCUCUUGGUCACUGGCUUUGCCUCUGGGAUCUUCCACCUUCACGAGCUCCCCGAGUUCAACCUCAUCCACUCCCUGAGCAUCUCUGAUCGGAGGAUCGCUUCCAUCGCUCUCAAUGGGUCCGGAGACUGGAUCGCCUUUGGCUGCUCAGGCCUGGGCCAGCUGCUGGUGUGGGAGUGGCAGAGCGAGUCCUAUGUGCUCAAGCAGCAGGGCCAUUUCAACAGCAUGGUGUCCCUGGCCUACUCCCCCGACGGGCAGUACAUCGUCACCGGCAGUGAUGACGGCAAGGUCAAGGUGUGGGACACUCUCAGCGGCUUCUGCUUCAUCACGUUCACAGAGCAUUCGAGUGGGGUCACUGGCGUGACCUUCACGGCCACCGGCUAUGUCAUUGUGACCUCUUCCAUGGACGGGACUGUGCGUGCCUUUGACCUUCACAGGUACCGGAACUUCCGCACCUUCACGUCCCCGCGGCCCACCCAGUUCUCCUGCGUGGCUGUGGACUGCAGCGGGGAGGUCGUUUCUGCCGGGGCCCAGGACUCUUUCGAGGUCUUCAUCUGGUCCAUGCAGACAGGCAGGCUCCUGGACGUGCUGUCUGGUCACGAGGGCCCUGUCAGCAGUCUGUGCUUUAACCCCGCGAGGUCGGUCCUGGCCAGUGCCUCCUGGGACAGGACGGUGCGCCUGUGGGACAUGGCGGACAGCUGGAGGACCACGGAGACGCUGGGCCUGACCUCGGACGCUCUGGCUGUGACCUUUCGCCCUGACGGUGCGGAGCUGGCUGUGGCCACCCUGAACUCCCAGAUCACCUUCUGGGACCCUGAGAACGCCGUGCAGACGGGCUCCAUUGAGGGCAGGCAUGACCUCAAGACGGGCAGGAAGGAGCUGGAUAAGGUCACCGCCAAGCACUCAGCCAAGGGGAAGGCCUUCACCACUCUGUGCUACUCUGCGGACGGCCAGAGCAUCCUGGCGGGAGGGAUGUCCAAGUUCGUGUGCAUCUAUCACGUCAAGGAGCAGAUCCUCAGGAAGAAGUUUGAGAUCUCCUGCAACCUCUCCCUGGACGCCAUGGAGGAGUUUUUGAACCGAAGGAAAAUGACCGAGUUUGGCAACCUGGCGCUAAUCGAUCAAGACGCUGGGGCAGAGGACGGAGCUGUGAUACCACUGCCGGGUGUAAAGAAAGGUGACAUGAGCUCUCGGCACUUCAAGCCUGAAAUCAGGGUGACAUCGCUUCGCUUCUCUCCCACCGGGCACUGCUGGGCGGCCACCACCACCGAGGGGCUCCUCGUCUACUCCCUGGACACCCAGAUGCUGUUUGACCCGUUUGAACUGGACACCGGCGUCACCCCCGUGAGGAUUCGGGCGGCCCUGCGCCAGCAGGACUACACCAGGGCCAUUCUCAUGGCCUUCCGGCUCAAUGAGAAGAAGCUGCUGCAGGAGGUGCUGGAGUCGGUGCCCUGGGACGAGGUCGAAGUUGUCAGCUCCUCGCUUCCUGAGUUGUACGUGGAGAAAGUGCUGGAGUUCUUAGCUUCAUCCUUUGAAGUGUCUCGCCACUUGGAAUUCUACCUCAUAUGGACUCAGAAAUUGCUCCUGGUGCACGGGCAGAAGCUGAAGUCCAGAGUGGGGAAGGUGCUGCCGGCCGUUCAGUUCCUUCAGAAGAGCAUCCAGCGGCACUUGGACGACGUCUCCAAGCUGUGUGACUGGAACCGCUAUAACAUCCAGUACGCUCUGGCCGUGUCCAAGCAGCGGGGCCUAAAACGCCCCUCAGAACCGCUGGGAAGCGACGAGGAAGCAGACGCGUCCGAUGACGACACUCUGCACCUGCUCGGCGCAGGACAGGGGGACGGGGACGGGCAGCUGGUGUAGGGCCGGCCACGUUCCCAACCCUACUUGUUUCGGGUAAGACCCCCGAAGAGACGGAGCCCCGUGGCCUGCGCCUGGGAAGCGAGUGGGAGGGUGGUGCA